AUGGCAAUGCGGUUCCUCUCGGCCCAAAGGCCGUCGCUGAUAGCGGCCUCGACUCUAUCAAGGCUCGCUGGCCUAACCUUACAGCCACAAUUCAUUGGCGCCGCCAUUCAGGGUCAAAGAUACGCCUCCGUCAAGGCGCAAGGAGCGUACAAGAAAAAGAGCAAACGUGGCAUUCCCAAGAAGCUAGGAGCCAAGCGAACUGGAGACCAGUUCGUCAUCCCCGGCAACAUCCUCUACAAGCAACGCGGAACGCACUGGUGGCCCGGCGAGAACUGCAACAUGGGCCGCGACCACACCAUCCACUCCACCGCGACCGGCUACGUCAAAUACUACCGCGACCCGGCCCGGCACCCCGACCGCAAGUACAUUGGCGUCGUCUUCGACAAGGCCGACACGCUGCCGUAUCCCGCGCACGCCGAGCGCAAGCGCCGCCUCAACAUGACGGCGCACCCGAUCCGCGAGGCGCCCGCCGCGCCGGCGCUGUCGGCGUCGGGCAUCCCCUUUGAGGUGACGCGCGUGCAGGCCGGCGAGCCGGACCGCCUGCUCAAGCUGCGCGACGACUACAGCUACCGCGAGGACAACUGGCGCAUCGGCCGCCUGGUGCAGACGACGGGGCUCAAGCUGAAGAAGUUCCGCACGCGCAAGCAGUGGCUCCGCAACAGGCGCUGGCGCCGCGAGAAGGAGAUUGCGGGCCAGAAGAGGGCAGAGACGAAGCGCGCCGCGCAGGGCGGCGACGAUGGCUUCAAGACGGCCAAGAAGGUCGUGAGCAAGAAGGCGGCCAAGAAGGCCAAGGCCAAGGCGAAGAAAUAG